CCGCGCGUCCGGGCAGCGAGCGGAAGUGGGUGUGAGAGCGGAAGUGGCCGGCUGGAGCCGGGGGCUGGGCGGGGACCGGGCUCGUCGGUGAGGCGGCAGCGGUGGCGGCGGCGGCUCGGCAGGCGGGUUCAGGCUUCGGGGGCCAGCCGCCGCCAUGAUCCUGCUGGAGGUGAACAACCGCAUCAUCGAGGAGACGCUCGCGCUCAAGUUCGAGAACGCGGCCGCCGGUAACAAACCAGAAGCAGUAGAAGUAACAUUUGCGGAUUUCGAUGGAGUCCUCUAUCAUAUUUCAAAUCCUAAUGGAGACAAAACAAAAGUGAUGGUCAGUAUUUCUUUGAAAUUCUACAAGGAACUUCAGGCACAUGGUGCUGAUGAGUUAUUAAAGAGGGUGUACGGGAGUUUCUUGGUAAAUCCCGAAUCAGGGUACAAUGUCUCUUUGCUAUAUGACCUUGAAAAUCUGCCGGCAUCCAAGGAUUCCAUUGUGCAUCAGGCUGGCAUGUUGAAACGAAAUUGUUUUGCCUCUGUCUUUGAGAAAUAUUUCCAAUUCCAAGAAGAGGGCAAGGAAGGCGAGAACAGGGCAGUUAUCCAUUAUAGGGAUGAUGAGACCAUGUACGUUGAAUCUAAAAAGGACAGAGUCACAGUAGUCUUCAGCACAGUGUUCAAGGAUGAUGACGAUGUGGUCAUUGGAAAAGUGUUCAUGCAGGAGUUCAAAGAAGGCCGCAGAGCCAGCCACACAGCCCCACAGGUCCUCUUUAGCCACAGGGAACCUCCUCUGGAGCUGAAAGACACCGAUGCUGCCGUGGGCGACAACAUUGGCUACAUUACCUUCGCCUUGAUGUUACACCCUGAUGUCUUGUUUGUGUCCCUGCCGGCAGUGCUGUUCCCUCGCCACACCAAUGCCAGCGCUCGAGACAACACCAUCAACCUGAUCCACACUUUCCGGGACUAUCUGCACUACCACAUCAAGUGCUCUAAGGCCUAUAUUCAUACACGUAUGCGGGCAAAAACAUCUGACUUCCUCAAGGUGCUGAACCGUGCACGUCCAGAUGCCGAGAAAAAAGAAAUGAAAACAAUCACGGGGAAGACGUUCUCAUCCCGCUAACUCUCGGGAACAGGAAGAGGAGGCGGCUGGCAGCUGAAGGCUGGAACGCUUGCUACUGGAUAAUCGUAGCUUUUCAUGUUGCACCUCUUCAGGUUCUUAAGGGAUUCUCCGUUUUGGUUCCAUUUUGUACACGUUUGGAAAAUAAUCUGCAGAAACGAGCUGUGCUUGCAAGGACUUCAUAGUUCUCAAGAAUUAAAAAAAAAAAAUUCCACUUGAUCAACUUAAUUCCUUUUCUUUACCUUCCCUCCCUCACUCCCUUGCCUUCCUCCCUCUUUUCCAAGCUGUUGCGCUUUGCAAUAUGUUACUGGUAAUGAGUUGCAGGAUAAUGCAAUCUUAACUUGUUUUCUCCUAAGUAUUUGAGUUCAGAACUCCUGUAUCUAAAGAAAUACGGUUGGGGUCAUUAAUAAAGAAAAUCUUUCUAUCUUA